CCGCCCUACAACCAGAUAACGCCAACGCCUGUCAUUUUCUUCUUCUCAAGAAAAAUAAGAGUGAAGUUCCUGUGAAAAUAUUUCAGAACUUUAAUAGGAAUAGCACUUACAAACUUCUUGUAAUUUAUCUUAAGAAAUGUCUUAAAUUCUUCCUUUUCGUGAAAGAUUUAGUUAAAGAUUUUCGUGAAUCAGGCCCCAGUGUACGGUCCCUAAUAAUAUACUUGCCAUGGAAUCAGAAGAUGAGUGUGAGUUUGACUCCACAUGGGAAGACGAAUACGAAAAUAAAACACCCAGAAAGAAGGUGUCACACAGGAGAAGUUGCAGGAACAUGAAUGUUGCAAAGGAGAUGCAAGACUUUCGACAUAGUUGUGUGAACUUUGAUGACGAUGAUGAAAAUAAUGAUGAACGAAGUCAAGGCCGCUUCUAUAACCUGGAAUUUUACCAUGGUAGAAUAAAAUCUUCACCUGACGAUGUUUACAUCGAUGAAUUCCACCAGCAGUGGUGGGGUGAAUAUGAGAAGCUGGAAUUAGUUUUGACCUACAUUCAUUGGCUGUUUCCAUUACAAGAAAUAGGAAGAAACUUAAGAGCACAUGAGCUCACAAAAAAGGAGAUAAAGCUUUUCCGUAAAGAUAAACAGGCAAAGAGUAAAUUGGUGAAAUCAUAUAAGCUCAUGUUGGAUUUCUACGGUAUACGUUUAGCUGAUGAAUCAACAGGAGAGGUGGAACGGGCUCCUAACUGGAAGGAUCGCUUUAAGAACCUGAACAGACACACACAUAACAACCUUCGCAUCACACGCAUCCUGAAGUGUUUGGGGACUCUAGGAUUGAAGCACUACCAGGCCCCACUGGUCAAAUUCUUCCUCCAUGAAACUCUUGUAGUGGGACACCUUCAAAGCCUAAAACAAAGUGUUCUAGAUUACUUUAUGUUUGCCGUUUUGGACAAGACAGAGAGACGAGAGCUGGUUAGAUUUGCCUUUAAGCAUUUCAAGCCACAAGAACAGUUUGUCUGGGGCCCCAAGAAGAUUCUGUCAGGUGAGGUACAUAGCAGCCAAAGUUAAAAAUUCAGUCAUGCUACAUGUAAUAAGCAGCAAGGGAGUGUGACAGAAUAAUUUAAGUUGCUUUGGGUAAAAGUGUCUUCCAGAUGCAUAAAUGUAAAUGUGAAAACAAUAAAAGCAUAGGAAAGUGAGAUGAAAAGAUGAUAUUGAUUAUGGUGAUGUUAAUAUGACAACAGCUACAUCACCAAGUGGUGCUCCUGAUAAUAGAGGUUUUAGCAUUUGUUCCUCUACUCUAAAUUAUUUUAUUGUUUUACAGAAAAAUAUUGGAAUAUCUUUCAUGGCUCAAGUUAAGAAGAUAUACAUGUUUACGACUUAAAAUGAUAUGAACAUUUCUGUUGAUGAAUCAAGGCUGUGCUAUAUGAAAAUUAGCACCAGUAAAUAAUCAAAUCAUUAAAAAAAUUGUAUGUAUGUAUGGAUGGU